AUGUGUGCAUCGCAAAACCACCGGGCAGGGCCUUGAUCGGCAUCGAGAUGACGAGACGUGAAUCGAAGCGCUCUCCUGUAUCUUGUUUUGUGUCCAGGUCCGAGUCCCGCAUUCCGAAGAUGGCGUAUGAUACUUGAUGCGGGCGGAACCGGCCUGCGCCCCAGCCAUGAAGUGGUCAUUUUGCACUGCGCAGCUCUGCUGCUGUGUCGCUCGGCGGUCUGGGCGACGAUCCGGCCUCGUGCGUGCGUGCGCUGGUGGUGGUGGUGGUGGUGGGCAAGAGAGAGAGCUGGCGCCUGGCCGCUGGCGCUGGCGGGGGGCUCUCCGCUUUCCGCCUCUCGCGCUCUCUCUGUCCAGCGGUUCGCAACACCCUCAUCGUCUGUCGUCGAUACACCUGGGCCAAUGCGGUCACAGAUACCAACCGAAGCUCGUGGGCGCUCGUGCGCAUGCUCUUCGAGAGGAUCUCAGCAGAGGUCAUUGCUUCUUUCACCCACCGUGAACGCUUGUGUGUCCUCCGAGCGGCACGGAGGACGACGACAGCCCAAGAGGAAACGAAGAAGCCCACCUUCGUGUGUGACACGACACGAAACGACGCGACCGGGGACGGCCUUGAAUUGGCGGGCGAAGCGUAGCGAAGAGAGCCCAUCAGGUGCUGCGUCCGGGGUGCAUUUAUAUGCGUGUGGGUUUUCUCACGAUCAGACAUCCAGCAAGCGUUUCUCCCGCUACUGUGCCAUCACACUCUCCCUCGCAACGUCGGCCUUGCGUCACGAAUCCGUAGUGCCUUCACAUCUUCCCGGCUCCCACCUUCCCCUUCCUCCGGCGCGCCGCUGUGGGUUCAAAGAUUUUCGCUCCAGCAGCUGCGUCGUUAUCUGGGUGUCUACCGCUGCGGGGUCAACCUCAUUGGCCAUCCGCGAGCUCAAGUGCAAGAUUGCGCUCGGUCGUGCUCUACAAAGACGCUAGUCGGCUCGAAUCUUGGCGGUCUCGCUCCGAAUAAGAGCAGCUUCCCGCUUGUGUGACAGCCAAAGCAAAAAAAAAACUUGCAAAUCGUCACAGGACCGACCGCAUUCACC